AUUAUACAGAGUUCCACGGCUCUUAUCGUUUCUGGAUCGACGGCUCUCGAAUUCUUCAACCGAGAACAAUACAGUGGCGAUCUAGACACAUAUUGCCAAAUCAACCGCUGUAAAACUGCGGGUGAAUGGUUUAUAUCACAGGGCUAUCUAUUCAAACCAAAAGAAAACCAAAAAAACGAUUUCACCGACGCAUUCACUCAAAUCCUGGAAACAGGCAAAGACAAUGAAGUGAUAGCUGUACCAAACGAUGUAGACCCGUCAGAUUACACUUUCAAUUCUGUGAAGACUGUCUGGGAUUUCGUUCGAGGAUCAUCUAAGAUACAGCUCAUCGCCACUGCAGGUCCACCUCUGGAAACCAUAUUUUGUUUUCAUUCAACAUGUGUAAUGAACGUACUUACACAUCGAGCUGCCUACUGCUUAUUCUCGAAGCUCACCUUGGAGGAGAAAACUACAAUGCUUAUCAAUCUUCGAGCACCUCUGAACGAACUUCAAAUGUAUCCAAUACGAAAAUAUCAGGAUCGUGGAUUCAACAUAAUGCAUACCCCGACGUUCGAACAGGCUUGCAAUCCAUCUUCAUCACUUUCAUUUCUGUUGUCCAGAUACGUCGGUGACAGACACUGCUACCGUAUU